UGCAUCUAUCUGAACCGGGCGGCCCGCGGGGACGUCGUGGUCGACCUGCAGCACCAAGUGACCAGCGCCGAGGCCAGCGCCGGCGCCGACUUCGCCUCCCAGAGGCUCUUCCAGCACGUGGCGGAGGCCGAGCUCUUUUCCAAGGCCACCUUCUCCCGCUUCCUGGCCCUCCUGGACAACUACGAGCGGAUGACGGGCCAGAGCGAGACGGUGACCUCCGAGGAGGAGCGGGAGGAAGAGGAGUUCCUGGCCGCCGUCUUCGCGACGCCCGUCAUGGCCACGCUCACCAGCUUCUUCCUCGCCAAGGGGCUGUACCCGUCGGAGGCCGCGUUCCGGACGGACCUCAAGGACAUGUGGUUCGGGAUGUACUCGCGCUCCGGCGGCGCCGCGCUCGACUCCUCCGGCUUCGAGCACGUCUUCCACGGGGAGAUCAAGAACGGGAAGGUGUCCGGCUGCCACAGCUGGGUGCAGCUCUACGAGCUGGAGAAGUCGGGAGAGCUCAACUACCUGAGCUACAGCUACGACGGGCCCUGGACGUCCUUCCCCGACGUGCUGGCCCUGCAGUUCCGCUGGAGCGGCUACCUCAAGAGCGUCAGCUCCAUCCUGCUGGGCUCCAGCCCGGAAUUCGACCUGGCCCUCUAAACCCUGUGCUUCAAAGCCCGCCCGGACCAGCUGUGCCGCGUGAGCCUGGGGGGCGAAGCCGCCCGCAUCCAGACCUACUCCUGGACCAGCUCCUUCUACGGGGACGGCCAGCGCUUCGUGGCCUCCGCGUACCCUGCGAGCCCCUGA